ACUCCCCCGACUCUGCCCCCUUCACUUCGAGGUUCUUCAGUGUGAAGACGUUGAAACUCAUCAGAGUAAGAGAGAGAGAGGGAGAGAGACUCUUGAGAGCAGACCUCUGAGGGAGCUUUGAAUCACCAAAUUAAGCACUCAAAUCUCUGAAAAAAAAAAAGGGCCUUGAUGUAGAACAAGGGCGGGCACCAGAUUUAUGAAGCUGACCCAAGUGGGUCCAAGUAUGUGGGAGGAGGUUUUCUUGAGCUGCUAUGAGUUGAAAGCUUCGGGAAAAAUGUUUACCCUUUCAAGUCUGGAUGAACAGUGUUUUUACUGACUUUUGCUUGAGUUGUAUGCCGCAUUUUUCCUGUUAAUCAUGAUAACAUUUUUUUUUAAUUUCUAUGUUUGUGCCUAUUUAUUUUUCUUCCCUUAGAAUUUUGUAGUGCUAUCUGCUAAGAGACUUUUUUUUCCUUUCAUUUCUGUUGUCUGAUGUUAAUUUCUAUAUAUUUUUUUUUUAAUGAAAUGGUGUCUUAUUAGUCUAAGGCUCUAAGCCUGCAAACAAAGAAAAUACAUUGGUUGGUGAGGGGGGGUUACUUAUUUUGUCAGAUAUGGGUGAGGGAGAUGCUGUGACAGAAGUAGCCGAGGCAGUGGCAAAUGGGACUGCAGCAAUUGAAGAAGAUACGGUGACUGAAGCAGCCGAGGCAGUGAUAAAUGGGUGUGCAGCACCCGAGGAAAAGGGUGAAGCUGUGAUUGAGAAGAAAGAGGACGAAGAGAAUGGAGUAAAAGAAAUGGAAGAAGACAGUAAAGAUGAUGAGAAAGUUGAGACCCAGAAAAUGGACAUGGACAAAGAAAAGUUCCAGGAAAGCAACGAAGCAAAAGAAGAAGGAGGAAAAGAAGAAAAUGAAAGGAAAACAGAAGAAGAAAAGGAAGAACCCAAGAGUGAGCCAAUGGAAGAGGAGGAAACUGGGCCUGAAGCAGAUGAGGAAAGUGAGGAGAAGGUUGAGGGAUUAAAGGACAAAAAGGAAAAAACUGAAGAGGUUAAAGAGGAAAAAGGGCUGAAGAAGCGUGGAAAAGCAAAGACUGCUGGAGAAAAAAAUAAGAAUAAGAAAAGUGAGGUAAAAGAGUCAAAAAAGCAGGAGCCAAAAACUCCCGCGGCUCCUGCAAUUGAUCGUCCCGUACGUGAGCGGAAAUCUGUAGAAAGGCUUGUUGCAUCUAUUGAGAAAGAAACUUCCAAGGAAUUCCAUAUCGAAAAGGGUCAAGGUACCGCUCUGAAAGAUAUCCCUAAUGUGGCAUACAAGUUAUCAAGGAGGAAGAGUGACGACACUUUUAAGUUGCUUCAUACAAUUCUCUUUGGGAGGAGGGGAAAGGCAGUUCAGGUCAAGAAUAACAUUUCUCGGUUUUCUGGCUUUGUGUGGCAUGAAAAUGAGGAAAAGCAAAAGAUAAAAGUAAGAGAAAAAUUGGACAAGUGUGUUAAAGAAAAAUUGUUGGACUUCUGCGAUGUGUUUGAUAUACCAAUUGCCAAGACCACUACGAGGAAGGAAGAUAUUGUCGUAAAGUUGAUAGACUUUAUGGUUGCUCCUCAUGCUACAACUACUGAAUUGCUUGCUGAAAAAGAGCAGUCAAGUAGGGGCAAAAAGCGAAAGAGGGUGAGUAAAGGAAGUCCAUCGAAUUCUGCGAGUACACAUUCAAAAAGCUCAGCUAAGAAAAGGACUGCAAGUGAGUCUAAACGUGAGGAGAAAAAGUAUACACCCGAGUCGGAAGAUGAUGAUGAUGAAGAAGAAGAAGAAGAAGAAGAAGAAGAGAGGGAGAUCUUCAAGAACAAGAAAAUGUGA